AUGUCAACUCACGAAUUAACGGAAGAUGAGUUGAAUGACGACAUCGACGAUGAUCCACCCUGUGUUCGUGCUGCUCGAAACCCAGAUCCCGCGGUAAUCUCUGCAAUCCUCAGGCAUCAUUCCCAACUCAACUCACAAAUUCCAGACGACAUGAUUCCUGCUCGCCGUAGCAGCAUGCUUCGUGGAUUUUCUGCGAACACAUACAUCUCCGGUGCAAUUCACGGAUAUUACACGUCACCUUUGGUGGAAGCAAUACGGGCAUCUUUACCUGGGAACAUUGAAAUACUACUUCAGGCGGGUGCGGAUCCAAAUGGCAUCCCUCUUGACUACCUCGACGAGUAUUCCGUCCGUUUUAUCCGUGGCAGGGACUCAAAAUACGAUACCUAUAGCUUUGUCGCGUGUCCUCCGAGAAGCAAGGUGUUAGCGAUCAGUUCCGUAGUCAAGCCCCAGAUAUCGCCUCUUACACAGACAGAAAUUUUGAGACGCCGAAAAGGAUUUUCGCGGUUUUGGACUGAACCAGCAUUUCCCACCAUCUCUUUCAAAUCCAAACCUGCUCGCACUGCGCUUGAAGAAGCCGCAAGCAAAGGAGACAUUGCUAUCUUCGACCAGGUGCGUGCUUCAAACCCGGACGAAUCCUGGUGGACCUCUGGAAGGAUUCCAUCUCAAUUGCCAGACAUUCUGACACAUUCCUCACUUUCGGUUUCUUCGCCGAUCCAUGAGGCAAUAAUCUCCACUAAAAAUGAAAUGCUGGAACACCUUUUAGCUAUUGGCUACUCUCCAAAUAUUUUACCUCUUGCCGCUCCCACCUGUUGUAUUCCCCCUCAUAUUGCAGCUAUUGGUUUGUGCCGUCCUCCCAAUCAAGUUGCCUAUGAUAUUCUUGCCUCAGAUCCACACACUGAUUUGGCUCUUCGCACACCUAUCUACUCGGUUCACGUCUUGCAUUUUGCCGCCGCACUGCUCGAUAUUAGUCUGUUGCAAAGACUAUGCAGACACACCGCCACACCGCUCAGUUCCGCUGGGUGCACUGCUUUAGGCCACACCCUUCUCCACGUAGCAUCACUUCCGCUCACUGAUCUACACGUCAAUAUCUUCAGUCAAAAGGUCUUCGAGAGCGUGCACGACGUGCGGACUCUUGAUACCAAAAUUUGGGUACCAAUGGAUUUGCAUAGGCGGAAUCCUGCCAAUCGGGGAAUACUCACCUCUAAAAACGAUAAUGUUCCACUUCCACGUACUCGAAGCGCUGAAGACAAGCUUGACGAAACUAGGCAACAUGAACUAAUUCUGUGGCUUCUGGAUAGCGGGACCCAAAACCUUGCGGCUGAGGAUGUCUACGGUAAUACGAUUAUGCACUACCUGGCUUCAGCCGCGUCGGUCAAUGUGCAAUUGUUAAAUGAGCUCCGUGCAAUGGAGGGAGGCGAAAAUGUGUGGAAAGAGAGAAAGAAUAUGAUGGGUCACUCACCUGAGGAGCUUUUCCAGGAUGGAUUGGGAGCGGAAGUUGAGCAAUGGAAAGACUUUUGGAUGUCAUAG